GCGUGUGUUUGCGACCAAAUAUUGGCGAGCACACGCUGAUGCUCGCAACUUUGCGAGCACAAUGGAGAGCACAUGUUACGGUGCUCGCAAACAAUACUACUUGCAGAAUUUUCUAUAUACAAAUAAAGGGCUCGCAAAUUAGCGAGCACAUGUAAACUGCUUCAAAUUCUCUAAUUCAUUUGCAUGCUAUCAAUUCCCGCUUAUUUGGAAUCAAUUCCCGCCGCUGUUCUCAGAUCAGAUUAGAUCUGCGCUGCUCAGCCAACCGCCACCGUUCAAUUCAACUCUGCUCCGCCACCGUCCAAUUUAACUCUGCUCGGCCACGUUCAAUUCUCCUCUGCUCCACCACUGAUCCUCCGCCACACUCCAAUUACUAAAAACAAUUCGAUAACGGCUUAAGAGGACAAUUGAAUCAAUAUUCAUUUCGAGCAAAGUGUAGGAACGAAUACCAGUUUCCAGAGGCAAACCAAAAAGUAACCAAAACUGUGCUGCUUAAGGAUUUAUAUGUGGAAAUUGAGAGAAUGAAGCAAGAUAGUCGAGCAGCAAGAGAAAAGAAUGGUGUUUUUAUUCCACAUGAGAGGUUUCUCCAGGAUGAAGCAGAAAAGGCUAAAAAUGAGAGAAUAGAACAGUUGGAGAGCGAUCUUAAUGAGAGUGAGAAGUUAUGCAGAAAGUUGAUAAAUUCCGUGAGCUUUAUCUCACUGAACAUCAAAAGUGAACUUAAAGACUGCAAGAGGAAUCUUGAGACGACCCAUAAACUCUUAGAAGAUCUAAAAGAGAAAUAUAAGAUGGCUCUUUCCACACUGAAGGUUACAUAUGCACUGAAGACAAAAGCAUCUUCUGAUCUGGAAGAAUUAACAUCUGUGAUGCCAGCCCAAACUAUUGUUGUUGAGAAUUUCUUCCAAACUGCUACCUUAGAGUCAAAGGAAGUACUUUCUGACAUUCAGAAGUCCUUAACUGAACAGAGAAGGAUGUUGGCUUUCUCUGCCCAACAACAUACGGAGAUGCAUUACAGGCUAAUGGGGUAGAAGACCAAGAUUAUGAUGCCAUUUACGUUGAGCUUUCUGGGGAGACGAAGAAGAGAAAGCAAAUUCCCGGAGCCGGUUAGGCACUGAGCAUUUACUUCCCAUAUGAUACCAGUUGUGCGUAGAGUUGCAGAAGCAAAAUGCAGCAUUGCAUGUAGAGUCAGAUAAGCAAAAUGCAGAGUUGCGUGUGGAGCUAGAGAAGAAAAAUGCGGAGGUGCUAGAAUAGUUGAAGAAUCUUAGUCAACAAGUCUACGAAAUGAGAAGUCUUAUGAAACUAAAAGGAAGUGUAAAACAAUAUCAUUAAUAUUAUGUAAUAUUUGAAUUUUGU